AUGGCUUCUACUGCUUUGUUGCCACUUGCCAUCAUCUCCUUUGCCCCCAUUACAGUGGCCAUCUUGUUUGGGGAACCCAGGAUAUUUGGAGACGAAGCGACUGGUUAUGGUCCCAUUUUUGAGGAGGAGCCAGUAGAUGUGGUCUACACUGAGGACUCACCCGAUGGAAGGAUUUCAAUGAACUGCAGGGCACGGGCCAACCCACCAGCCUCAUACAGGUGGCGCCGUGACAAUUGGGAGAUCAAGCUAAUGGAGCAGCCGGAUGAGCACUACAGCCUAGUGGGCGGUAACCUGGUCAUCAACAACCCGAGGCAGAAGAAACACGCCGGCACGUACAUCUGCGUGGCUCGAAACAUCUACGGGACAGUCAUCAGCAAGGAGGCCCGCGUCAAGUUUGGAUUUCUUGAGGAGUUUCCUCAAGAGGAAAGAGACCCUGUUACUGUAAAAGAAGGACAAGGUGCGGUUCUGCUGUGUGCACCGCCCAAAGCGUGGCCAGAGGAGGUGUCUUACCGUUGGAUUUUCAACGAGUUCCCAGUGUUCCUCAACAUGGACCGCCGCCGUUUUGUCUCGCAAAGGACCGGCAAUCUGUACAUCUCAAAAGUGGAGGCUCAGGAUGCGGGAAACUACUCCUGCUUCGUCUCCAGCCCAGUUUUAGGGAAGAGUGUCUUCUCCAAGUUCAUCCCACUCAUUCCCUUGCCACCAGACGAUGGUGAGGAGAGGAAAUACCCAGCAGACAUCAGGGUGAAGUUCCCAGACACGACAGCGCUGCUGGCCUCCAACAUAACUCUGGAAUGUUUUGCUCUGGGGAAUCCCAUUCCUCACAUUGUAUGGAGAAAGGUGGAUGCCACGGACUUGCCCGCCAACCACGAGAUAAGCGAAUCAGGCGCUGUGCUGCACCUCUAUAACGUCCAGUACGAAGACGUGGGGGGCUACGAGUGUGAGGCCAUCAACACCAAAGGGAAGGACUGGCACAAGGCCUGGCUCUACGUCGAGUCUGCUCCUGAGUGGGCCGAGACCAUCAACAACACUCAAAUGGACAUUGGUUCUGAACAUACAAUGCGUUGUGUUGCAUCGGGGAAGCCUUUCCCGUUCAUCCGCUGGUAUAAAGAUGGCUAUAUAUCAGGAAAAGGUGAGCUGAAGUUCUCCAGCCUGACAUUUGAUGAUUCCGGCAUGUACCAGUGCAUUGCCGAGAACUACUGGGGCAUCAAAUACGCCAACGCUGAGCUGCGAGUGAUUGCUUGCGCACCGACAUUUGAGUUCAAUCCCUUGAAGAAACAGCUCCUUGGUGCCCGGGACGGUCGCAUUUUGAUCGAGUGUAAACCUCGAGCGGCGCCCAGGCCUCGUUUUACAUGGACCAAGGGCAAAGAGCUGCUUUUUAACAAUUCACGCAUCUCCAUUAUGUUUGACGGUACUCUUGAAAUCCUCAACGCUACUAAAAACGAUGAAGGUUUCUACACUUGCUUUGCUGAGAAUGACCGAGGAAAGGCUAACAGCUCGGGUUAUCUCAUGAUCACGGAGGCUACUAGCAUCACGGUAGCUCCCGAAGACACAGAAGUGAGGGUGGGCGACGAGGUGGUCCUAGCCUGUUCAGCCUCUUAUGACCCCAUGCUGGACAUCACCUUCAUCUGGGCCAUCGACUUCCGGGUCAUCGACUUCAACACUGAGUGGCCACACUACGAGCGCAUCAUGAGCGUUGAAGGCAGUGGGAACCUGCGCAUCAAGAACACACAAAUCUGGCACGAGGGCCGCUACACGUGUACGGCGCAGACCGUGGUGGACAGCGACACGGCGUACGCGGACUUAAAAGUCAUCGGUGUCCCGGGACCUCCUGGUGUAAUCCGUAUCGAGGACAUCGGAGACACGUGGGUGAAGCUGUUGUGGACAAAAGGAGCUGACCACAACAGUCCUAUUCUCCAUUACACCAUUCAAACCAGGCAUUACUGGGCUCUGCACGAGGAUGACUGGAGAAACGCCAGCACCUCGCCGACCUUCCUCGACGGCACGGUGGAGAGGGCCGAUGUCACCGACCUGUACCCCUGGAUGGAGUACCAGUUCCGGAUCAUCGCUACCAAUGAGUACGGCUCAGGGGAGGCCAGCAUUCCGUCGCUCAAGAUCAAAACUUGGGACGCCCCUCCGGUUGUUAGUCCCGCAGACGUGGAAGGCUACGGGGGUCGAAAUGGCGAGAUAAUCAUAACAUGGACGCCUGUGCAGCCGUGGUACUUCUACGGCAAAAAGUUUGGCUAUAUUGUGGCCUUCAAGCCCCACGACGGGUAUGACUGGUGGUACGAGACCAUCUCCGACCCGGAAACAAGGCGCUACGUUCACAAGGACUCCUUCUUCCUCCCUGGUGAGGAGGACUUGCUGGUGCGGGAGUUCCAAGUGAAGAUUAAGACCUUCAAUGUGAAGGGAGAUGGACCUUACAGCCUCACAAAGGUUAUCUACUACCCUCGAGAUGUACCAAGUGAGCCUCCAACAGACGUCUACGCUCGGCCGGUGUCCUCAACUGAAGCGAUUGUGUGGUGGCUUCCUGUUGUAGACACAGGAACGGGUUUGCAACAGUACAUUGAGGGCUACCAGGUUAAAUACUGGCGAAAGUAUGACGACACGGAGCCAGGAGCCAACCGCAUAUUUGUUAACGCGACCGCAAACUAUACCAGGCUGGAGAACAUGCUGCCUGACUCGCAUUACCUAAUCGAGGUCCGUGCCUUUAACGGAGCAGGGCUUGGUCCUCCAGGUGAACACUGCGAGAUGUUCACCAAAAGACCACCGCCGGCGGAACCCCCCAGGAUGUGGCGCUUCAUUUCCUGGACUGGAAAGUGGUUGUACGUGUGGUGGGAUCACAUCGCGUACGACUGGUUUGGGAACGUGUCCUUCCCGCUCUAUUACAAGGUCAUGUUCCGGAAGACCGGCUACAUCUAUGGGAAAGUCUACGUCACAGGUUGGCACUUCAUGGACUUCCCUAUGCCUCAGUUUGGAGACUAUGAGCUCAUGGUCCGUGGACGCUACGAAGGUGGCGACGGUCCUGUUAGGACCAUCGAACUCUUAGGCAAGGCCUCCAUGACCACACCGACGCUUAGCCUCGUCUCUGCGUUGUUGCUAGCACUGUGCAUUAUGGGACUGUAG